AUGCCCGUGAAACCACUUAUGUUCAAAGGCGACAAAAAGCCCAAGAAGCGCAAGCACCGCACCGACGACGAGAGGAACAGCAAAGCGCUCGUCCACUCUGACAACGUAGAUCAAAGUACCGAAGACGACAUCUGGACGACCGCCGAUCAGCCCUCCGACCUCUCUGGCCCAACGAUUCUAGUCCUACCCACCGCACCACCGACGUGUCUUGCAGCCGAUGCACACGGCAAUGUAUUCGCCUCCCCAAUCGAGAACAUCGUCGAAUCGCACGCCGAGACCGCAGAACCGCAUGAUGUGAGGCAAGUCUGGGUAACCAGCUCUGUCGCUGGGACGGCUGGGAUGAUCAACUUGAAGGGCAGCCACGGCGGCUUCCUGUCGUGCGAUAGUCUAGGUGUUCUCGGUGCGCGGCGAGAGGCAAGAGGGCCAGAAGAGGGAUUCGUGGUGGAAGCAUUUGAGAGUGAAGGCAGACAGCGCUGGAGACUACGCACAUCAGCAUCCAAGCCUGACGAAAGGCGAUAUCUCAGCGCAACAGUGACCGGAAGUGCGACUGCGAAACACGACGAGGAUGAUGAAGAGAGCGACACAAGAAAGCAAGUGUCGGUAUCAUUACGGGGUGACGGCGAAGCAGACGACCCUUCUACACAUAUCAUUAUCAAGAUGCAGGCGCAGUUCAAGCCGACGGUACAACAGAAUAAGGAGACAAAAGCGAAAGAAAAGGUCAGCCGGCAUGAGCUCGAGCGCGUUAUCGGAAGGAGUCUGGACGACGACGAGGUCAGGAGGCUGAAGCGCGCGAAGAAGGAUGGGACGUAUCAUGAGGAGGUACUUGAUGUGAGAGUCAAGGGCAAGCAUGAUAAAUUCGCUAGUAGUUGAGAUGCACUGUCGUGGAACUGAAAGAACGCAUUCGAUCGAGCUGUCAGCAGCAUCACCCAAGACAGGAGAAUCACAUGCAGAGAGGGAUGCACGAUUUCUGUCCGCAUUCACUGCAAGUACGGAUGCCGAGUCGAGUCAUCACGGACAAGAGACUACCCAGCUCGACAUUGCAAUGACAGUGUGGGGGGAGCGCCGAUAACAGAUGGAAGCUCUACAAGCAUGAUUGACGAUGAAUGAGAUUGCGUCUCAUCCAUCUCUUCAUGAUGAUGGAUAGAUGGCUCAAACAGCUCCAGAAAAAUCGCUGUCUUCACAAGGUCACUUUUGACAUUCA